UACGUGUCGUUUGCAGCAUCCUCCAUGCAUUUUUCCAGCGCUAUCUCAGCCUGAUAGGAUGUCUCCGGUCAUGUGACGGGAAGCGCAGCAUUUUCAGCUGAAAACGAGCUAGGAUAGUCGGGAAUCGCAUAUCCAGGAGUUAAUCCCGGUAUGGGGGACAUGAAGACCCCAGAUUUCGAUGACCUGUUGGCAGCAUUUGACAUUCCUGACAUAGAUGCCAAAGAGGCCAUCCAGUCUGCACCAGAUGAGGCAGAGGGACCCCAUGGAGGUGCAGGGGCACCUCUGGGAAAGUCGGAUAGCGUGGUGGGUGUAGGGUCAUCCUUAAGACCACCAAGCCCCUCAGAUCCCCAGGCAGACACCUCAAUUGUAAGUGUGAUUGUGAAAAAUAAAGUACGCCUUGAGACCGUGGAUGGAGGGGAUGGAGAUGCAGACCAGGACCCUAUCGAUGUGAUCGCAGGCGUAGAUGUGGGUCCUAGACUAGGUGCAUGUGCCCCUGGAAUGGCUGAAUCUGAGGCUCUCAACCACAACGGUUUUGGGGCAUCUGGUGUUUCCACGCCCCUUCCCCUCAGUCAGACCCAGUCUAAUGGAGCACCAUGGUCAAUGAACACCCCUAAAGUAUCUUCAGAAGCAGCAGGCGCUGGUGCAGCCAAGUCCCACAAACAGGGAGGGAACAUUUUCAACAGACUUAAACCACUUGUGGCGCAGGGGUCUGGAGAUCCAGUCGGACGGGCCAGGAAGAUGCAGCUUCUGCAGCAGCAGCACCAGCAGCAGCAGGAUACAGGUCAGGAGAGGGCAGAUGGAGUCAAGGCAUCUUUACCUUCAUCAUCCUCUCUGUCAGCUGGGUCGUCGCCUCUGGCUGCAGGUGGGCCUGUCGGACUAGCCUCACCUUUCUUUCCCCCUUCCAAGCCGCUGCUUCCCACUCCACCUUCUGCCCCCUCAUCUCACCCGCUGCACUCAUCUCAGCCUUUUAACGGAGCCCCCAAAGGUGGCCCUGCUGGAUUUCAUCACCAGCAGAUAGAGGAGGAUGAUUCUGACCCUGAUUUGGAGAGUCCCCUAGUAAUCCAAGAGAGCCCGGACUCCCCAACUUGCACUCAGCUGAGCCGACGUUACAAGUCUGACUCUGUCUCUAUCCAGCCAACAUCGUCUGCUGCAUCUCACCCUAAACCGGGAGACACUCCUUCGGGGGCAUCUCUAACUUCAUCAACACCCCAAUCUGGCUCGACAGAGAGUCCCCAGCUGGAGGAUAGGCAUCCAGAACACGUCAUAGAGGAGAGAGACUCACCGGAGAGUCCUGAACCAGAGAUGCCAAAAUCAACUGCUCAAGUUGCAGCUAAGAGGUGCUCCAGCCCUGCAGUGGCCUCCACUCCACCGCCUGCUGAACUACGUGAGCCCAAAGAGGAGGAGGAAGAGAUGGAAGUGGGCAAUGGGAUCGAGCGGGUCACUGAUAGCAAAGCUGACAAGGGAGAAAAUGCACGAACAAGUGAGGAGAAGAUGGAGGUAGAUGAUGGCAAGCCUAAACCCGUCUCCUGUGAUGGAGGAGAAUCAGGUGUUUCUUCCGAACCUGCUACUUCUGGAGCUCCAUCCCGACCCCUCAAAGUCAGAAUAAAAACAAUUAAAACCUCCACAGGUGGAAUCACCAGAACUGUCACGAGGGUCGCAGCCAAAGGUGGUGCUGCAGGGAAAGGUUUGGACCCUAAAGCUCAAACUGGGGAACGCAAGGUGUUAGGAAACAAGGCCCAAAAACUUGAAGCUUCACCUGGUCACAUGACAACAACUUCCCAGAAAGUAAGUGCUCUCAAUGCUCUGCCUGUGUCUACUCUCGCAGCCAGCAGCGUCAUGCUAGCUGCCGCCACAAAAGUCCAAAACAAAAUGGCAGCGUCAGACAAGUCCAAGGUUUCUGCUACUGCUGUAAGCAUCACUAAAUCUGCUGCCCUGCCUGUAACUCCCGCUGUAGCCUCCUCACCCAAGUUCUCAGUUGCUGCUGGUGGGAUCAGUGUACGUACAGCCACUAAUAAGACAGCCAACGGAGGUAGCAGCACCAUUGUUGGUGGCACCCUCCAGCCAAACAAACCUGCCUCCAUUGUCAACAGUACAGGUGCCGUGAUCUCCCGAAGUCAGUCAAGCCUGGUGGAGGCUUUUAACAAAAUCCUGAACAGUAAGAACCUUUUGCCGAGCUACAAGCCCGACCUCUCAGCACCUCCGCCGCCCGAGUGGGGUCUCCCGCUCCCAGCCACAGGGUACCGCUGCCUGGAGUGCGGAGAUGCUUUUGCCCUGGAGCGCAGCCUGGCUCGACACUACGACAGACGAUCACUCCGCAUCGAGGUGACCUGCAACCACUGUGCUAAGAGGCUGGCCUUCUUCAAUAAGUGCAGCCUGCUGCUGCAUGCCAGGGAGCAUAAGGAGCGUGGGCUGGUCAUGCAGUGCUCGCACCUGGUCAUGAGGCCUGUCACUGUGGAGCAGAUGAUUGGACAGCAGGACAUAACACCCAUUGGUGGCCUGCUCUCCUCUUCAUCCUCCUCUCCUCCAGUCUCCUCUCCUUCUACCAUGACUCCCGCUGUCUCUGCCAGCUCCAGCCCAAUGAAGGACACCUCAGCUCCAGCAGCAGCUCAGCCUCGACCGGUCCGCCGCGCACCUCAGGGCCCCCAAGCACUGAUGCCUCUGCCUUGCAAGAAGGCCGAGGGGCUGCAGUAUAACAACUUCAAAUGUCCAGAGUGCCAAACACAAUUCUCUGGCAAGGCUGAGCUGGUCACCCACUUCCAGCAGAUCAGAGGCGCUCCCAACUCGACAUGUACGCAAUGCUCGCCGCCCAUGAUGCUGCCCAACUCGUGUGCCGUGUCCGCCCACCAGAGGAUCCAUAAACACAGGGCGCCUCAUGUUUGUCCUGAAUGUGGCGGCGUUGCCCGGCAGGCCAGCUUCCAAACCCACCUGGAGGAGGCGUGUCUGCAUUUUGCCAGGCGCAUUGGAUACAGAUGCUCCAGCUGCCAGGUCGUGUUCGGGGGGUUGAACUCCAUCAAGUCCCACAUUCAGACUGCGCACUGCGAGGUCUUUCACAAGUGCCCCAGCUGCCCCAUGGCCUUCAAGUCUUCCCCCAGCGCCCAGAGCCACAUCAGCACCCAGCACCCAACACUCACUGGAGGACAGGCCAAAAUGAUCUACAAGUGUGUUAUGUGUGAUACGGUUUUUACCCAGAAGCCCUUGCUGUACAUGCACUUUGACACUCAUUUGGUCAAGCAAAAAGUGCAUGUGUUCAAGUGUCCUGACUGCACCAAGCUCUACGCCCAGAAGGGAUCGAUGAUGGAGCACAUUAAGACCGCUCACAGAGGACCUUCAGCAAAACAGGCAGAGUCUCAGUCUGAUGCCUCUAACCCUGCCUCAGCCCCAGCAAACACAUCUGGCUCCUCUGUCCUCAAAUCCAAAUCCUCCGGAAAACCUGACAACUCUGAUGGAGAGGACUGGGGGCGGGAACAGGAGGAGGAAGAAGAGGAGGAGGAGGAGGAGGAGGACGACGAUGGGGACGAGGACUACGAGGCUCCGGGGAGCCACUCGAACCCUGCGGGAGGUGGCACUCAACCCGCCCCGCAGACGGAGUGGACCUGCCCCCAGUGCCAGGCCACGUUCACUGACAAUGAAGACUACCUGGGUCACGUUAAGUUAGAGCAUGGCAAGUUCCCUUGUCGUAUUUGCGGAGGCACGUUCAGCACAUCUUCCAGCCUGAGACGUCACGAGCGUGUCAUUCAUGAGGGCAACAAGAGAGUCUUCCAUUGCCAAUAUUGCACAGAAGGCAAACGCACCUUUGGCAGUCGCUUCUUACUGGACAAGCAUAUUCGGCUCCAUCACAGAAGCACAGAUGGACAGGGUCCCCCCAUGACCAGGAAGCGUGCAGCCACAGGGGGAGAAGGACCAGGUAGCUCCUCAGAACACGACGGUGAGGGUGGACCCGUUGGAGGCAGAGCCGGAGACGAGGAGGAGCACGCCACAGAGGACGGCGAGGAGGGUGCAGGGCCUGCGAAGAGAACCAGGGCGUCAACUGCCUCGACAUCGUUGGCACCUAGCGAGAUGGAGGAGGAAGACAACAUUUUCCGUUGCGUCCCCUGCGGCUUCUCCACCGAGGACGGGGCGGAGUUUCAGCGCCACAUUCCCCAGCAUCGGGCCGACACCGCCUCCUUCCAGUGCCUGCAGUGUGGUGUCUGCUUCGCGUCUGCCGGCUCUCUCGGCAGGCACCGCUUCAUCACUCACCGUGUGCGGGACACCCAGAGCGACGCCGACCGCAGCACCCCGCGCGCUCACGGGUCUCCCGACGGCUCGCCCACCGCCUCCCCUCAGGCACUGGGCGAGGACGGAGAGGGGAAUCUGAGCUGCAAAGUGUGUGGGCGGCGUUUUGACAAGGCCUCGGACCUCAACACCCACUUCAGGACCCACGGCAUGGCCUUCCUCACUGCACACAAAACAGACAAGCCCCAGUAGAUGGAGGUGGAGGUGGGAAGGGGUCCUCGUUGUAGAUUGUCUACAAUAAGGACUUGAGGGGCGAGGAGAGAGGCUGUAGAAUAUGAAUGUUGAUUCGAAGAUGAAACAGAACUGCUUCCUGUGCAGUUUUUUUAACCACCAUAAACAGUUUUACUGUAUCUAUGGCACCUCUUCUGUGCAAUUGUAAUUGCAUGUUUGAUCACGUUAUGGUCACUUAACUAAACACACCUGUGAUAGGCUCUUGGGUGUAAAGGCUCUCAGACAGCUCCCCCUCCCCAUCAGAGCUUUCAUAUAUCAGCCAUACUGUGUCUAAUGCGUCUUGUCUUUCCAUUUCAUUCUCACUCUGCACUGACUGUAGCCACCUGCCUGUUUUAUCAUGUAACACACGUAAAUACAUACAACUCCCACUGUACUCCUGACAACUGUAGUGCAGAUACUUUGUACUUCACAUUGUUAAAGAUAUUCAUACUCGUUUGCCUCAAGUCCAUGCUACUUUUUUCGGCAUAGGAUCGGUUUUAACAGCUUAAAGGCGGAUAAAACUGAUCUUAAGCCGAGCUCUCAAGAUGUCUGAAGCAUGAAGGGGAGUGUUUAGAGAAUUUGACACUGAUUCCUAUGUUGUUAUAUUUAUUUAAAUGAAACGCAUUACUGCUGUUGGUAUUUGUGUGAGUUGGUUGUGUCAAAUCUUAAUAGACACGGUGUGAUUUACCUGAAACAGAGACAUGAGAUGAGAAUCUCUGAAAGCAUUUCAUUAGGAGACGAGGUUACCUGAGGUCUGUAACCUGUGUAGUGUGAAUGUGUGAUGUUAAUUGUUAAGCUAGAAGAAGAACAGAGGUCAGGCUUCCUGCCAGUAGUAUAUGUGUACGAGUUUUGCCAUGUAAAUACAUAUAAUUACACUAAAAGAAAGCGUUCUGGUUUUAGUAACUUGCUAUGAUAAUGUGAAUACGUAUAGUAUUUGUACUCGUACUGUUCCCUUUUUUUCCAAACAAACUGAAGUUAAAAAGAAAAAAAGAAUCCCCCCCCAGAGGUAGCUAUACAUUGUAAUUACACAGCAGAGUGAGAGCGUGGGGGUUGUGUUGUCUUAAUGUGUAUGAAUACAAAUGUUUAUCUCUUUGAGACGGUUCUUUUUUAUCUACAGAAUCAGUGCUUGCUGUAUUCACAUUUCUUUUGUAUGUUUCAAAAACAGCCCUCAUGGCCUAUGAGUGGAUUUUUUUUUUGUUUGUAUCUUUUAUAUGUCAUGAUAUCAUAUUUAUAUAGCUCAGUAGUGGAAAUUUCAUGUCAUUUUCUUUUCCAUGGUUGUGGUCUGCUUGCUGAAAUGCCAUACACUUUUGUGCUGUUUCAAAAUAAAUGUGUAAAAGAGACA